GGGCCUUGGCACCAAUAUUACUUUACUACGUUGCAGGUUGCACGUAUGAAGAUCAAUUUUGGUGCAUUGAAGACACUGGGUCAGAUUGUGAUUGUUUCUGUGGCUGAAAUUGCCCUAACCCACACAGAAGAAGUGGCUGAAAUUGUGAAGCUGUGCCAGAUUAGGAUCAGCAUAGUAUUAAUGCAAAGAUAAAUAUCAGUUUAACUUGGUUUUGUCAAAGCUUCAUAGGAAAGAAGUGGUUAAAAAGCAUCGGUUCUGACUACCUGAGUGUCUCAGCACUCAAGAGUUUGAGUAAUGUCUUGCUCAAGUUGUUUUUCAAAAUACAAUUUCUUCUUCCGAGAGGUGAGCAAAUAAAUAGCACGGCUGUCCAAUAUGCCACAUGUCCCUCUGCUCCAAAUGCCUGCCGGAAAAACUACCGAUCGAUGGCAAGAAGCAGUCCGUGUGCCGCAAGUGCUACAACAAGGCGACGACCAUCGAGGACGAGGCUCCGCCCCUGGUGCCGCCAGAAGCACUCAAACGCCGCCUGGAAGAUCUGGAGAAUCCUGCCCGCCCGCCGAUCGUGGUGUACCGGCAGUCGCCUCGCGCCGCCAGCCUGAAGCGUGGCCUCAGCCACCAGGACUCGGAGCUCGUCGACCGGCUCGAGGCGCUCAAGGCGGACCGCAAGGCAAAGAACGUGCCGACGGAGUCGGAGAUGGCGGCGCGUCUGGCCGCCCUGAAGGGGGAGCCGUGUACCUCAAGCUCCUCCGGUCCGUCCGGUAACCUGCCGCCGCCGGAGCGGCGCACGGCCGCGGAGCAGGAGGACGACCUCCUGGCUGAGACCAAAGACCAGCUGGCCAUCGCGGCGCGCUACCGGCCCGAGGAGGGACUCCAGGAGCGGCUGGAGCGGCUGCGCGGCGGCGGCGCCGACCCCGGGCCCGCCCCCGCCCCCGCCACGACGGCAGCCGGCGAGACGGGUGGUCAGAGACACCCGCAGACCCCGGCCAGUGCCGACAAUCAGAGCCCGGCCGACCUGGUGGCGGCCGUCAGCGCAGAGGUAGCCGCCGAGGUGGAGCGCGCCAACCAGAUAGCGCAGAAGGUCGCCGAUAUUCACCACCGGCUGGAGGACGUGAAGGGUCUGGCGCGGGACGGGCGGCGCGGCGGCCCGGCAACCUCCUCCAACGGCGCUGGAGAGGACACGGAGGACCCGAGCGAGGAUCAGGAGGUACAGCGACUCAUCAGACAGGUGACGGAGGAGGCGGCCUUGGAAGACAAAGAAUUGAACGAGGAACUGGAGUCCAUCUCAUCAGUGGACGAUGAAGAGCUGCCCUGGUGCUGCAUCUGUAACGAGGACGCCGCGGUGCGCUGCGCCGGCUGCUCCGGCGACCUCUACUGCCGCUCCUGCUUCAAAGAGGGUCACAACGACCAGCUGGCCGACCACCAGUGGAGCCCUUUCCCGACGCCCAAGGAGUCCAAGUGAUCCUCCACCAGCCAGCUGACUUCCCGAGAUCCCCACUGCUGCUGCUAGAGUGGCUGCUAGUGCUGCUACGUCUAGUGCUACCCCGCGGGACGAGCUCACAGCCAGCACUGUCCGGCCGAUGCGCUCACCACACGCCUUUACUGGCCGAUGGUCGCCUGCCUUAUUCGGCAAAACUCGAGCGUAUCGGAGUCACGCGUUAGGAGCCUGUUCGUGCAGUUAGCAGUGCGGUGCCCGUCCGACCUUACAAUGUCGAUCCGGUGACGACCGUCACGUUUCUGAGGUGCCUGCCACGGUCCGGCUAGACCCUCACCUUCGUCAUAAACCAGUCUUACUGGUCGCUUUACUCGUUUGUAACUCGUUUGUUCCUGUCCCGGGUUUGGGAAUCGCUAUAUCGGGCCUUAUUUGCACAUUGCACGGGUGACUUACUAGCGACAGUGAAGUACACUGCGCCAGUCGUAUGAUAGAUUUAGGUACGCAACGCUUAGUGUGUAUUACAGUAUUGUUUAUUAUUGCUUGUGAAGCGAUGUGAUUUGUAAUGCAAGGUGCUAUCUGAGAUCAACUAGCUUUUAUACUGUGUGAGGGUAGCGUAGAUAUGAUGCUUUAUAAAUGUGAGAUGCUUUAAACAAGAAAGGAAACACGAUGCAUUGCUUCAACACCGCGUCAGAUAAAAAUGCCAACUUUUUAGAGGUCAUUAACUGCUUCUGGCUCCUGACUCAAUUAGUAACAAACACAUUCCAAACAAAUGUUUAUUUGAUUUGUUGUACUGAGUGUAAUUACAGAGAAAAUCAUGUGUACA